AUGCUCUAUCCCGUCCUCUCCAUCCUCGCGCUGACCGCGCUGGUCACGGCAGCGCCAGCACCAACACCAGCGUCAGCGUCGCCUUCACCAUCCCGAGUCCAACCCCGUCAAUGCUUCCCAAUCGAUAUCCGCCAGUGCAUCACAGAUUUCUUCUGCUGCCAUGAGAAGACCGGAGCCGACGAUUCAUACGGUCCCAAGUGUGUCAUCCAGCGCUGCUGCGACGGGUCGAGGGCGUGCUUCAGGGAUCCUAGCCACCCGCCCAACACCACGAGCAACUUCAUCACAGUGAUAGACCGCAAGGGUUUGCCGGAGAAAGAAGCACCCACGGUGCUGGAUGCGAUCUUUACCUCUCCACUCAUCAAGGCAGAAGACAAAACAGUCACACGCAUGUUAGCCGAGACACAAGCCAUCUUGGGAGCUGGAACCGAGACUACUGGCAAUACCCUGUCCGUCUUUACGUACCAUGUCUUAUCCCAGCCGACAGUAUUGAAGAGCCUGAAGGCUGAAUUACAGGACGGCGCUUCCAAGUCAGCGGAUUAUGCGAACGGCAAACUCAUGGAUUUCAAGACCCUCGAGCGCCUUCCAUAUCUGCAAGUCUGCAUCAAGGAAGCGCUGCGUCUUGCCACUGGAGUCAGCAGCCGCCUUCCGCGCAUCAAUCGCACAGCGCCGACAUUGUACACCCUUGCGUCUGGCAAGACGUAUACGCUUCCACCCGGCACAGUCAUCUCAAUGUCCAUUUUUGAUCUCCAUUAUAACCCCACCAUCUUCACCGAUCCUACGGCUUUUGAUCCGCUUCGGUGGCUCGAAAGCGACGCCGAGAAGCUGCAGCAGAUGGAGCGGGCGUAUUCGCCUUUCGGACGGGGAGCGCGGCAGUGCGUCGGAUUGCAUCUGGCGAAAGAAGAGAUCACCUUGAUGACGGGCAAUCUGUUUCACGGGAUCGACCUCGAGCUGUUCGAGACGAGCGCGAGGGAUGUCAGCAUUGCGCACGAUCACUUUGCACCAUUUGCGCCGGUGGACAGCAAGGGGCCGAUGUCGAGGACAGACUAUGCAUUUCAAAACAGCAUGACUAUGCUCCACCCAAAAAUGAAGAGACCUUCGAGCUCGCUGUAUAGCACCCAUGAACGUCCCUCGCUCCAGCAUCAGACGUCGACAUUCACCGUCAGCGUGGAGGACUUGAGGGCUCAAGAGGCUUCCCUCUCCUUGCGUGACCCGAGCGAAUAG